ACAAAAAAAAAAUGGUAUGUAUGCUAAAAAAGCCUUGACUAAUAGUCCAUACCAUAAUUUUCCUCUUUCCUCUGUGCCUCGCUUCUUCUUGAAUCCAUGCGCAUGAGUUUGAAGAAUUGUGUUAGCGGUGAGGUGAGAUAUUUCAAUAUUUGGUAAUUGAUAGUACAUAUAUGGGGAGGGGAAGAGUGGAUUUGAAGAGGAUCGAGAACAAGAUCAAUAGGCAAGUGACUUUCUCCAAGAGAAGGUCUGGUUUGCUUAAGAAAGCGCGCGAGAUUUCUGUGCUGUGCGAUGCUGAUGUGGCUCUCAUCGUCUUCUCCACUAAAGGCAAGCUUUUCGACUACUCCAACGAACCUUGUAUGAAAAGAAUUCUUGAACGGUAUGAGAGGUAUUCGUAUGCGGAGAGACAACUUGCUGGAGAUGAUCAAGCACCAAAUGAAAACUGGGUUAUAGAACACGAAAAGCUCAAGGCUAGGGUGGAGGUACUACAGCGAAAUCAAAGGAAUUUUAUGGGAGAAGAUCUGGACAGCUUAAAUCUUAGAGGACUUCAGAGUUUGGAACAACAACUUGAUUCUGCUCUCAAACUCAUUAGAUCACGAAAGAACCAAGCCAUGAAUGAAUCUAUUUCUGCGCUUCAGAAAAAGUAUUCCAUCAUGCAGGAUAAGUCACUCCGGGAACACAACAACUUGCUCUCCAAGAAGAUAAAGGAUAAAGAGAAGGAGCUGGCCCCACAAGAGCAAGAUGGACUGCAAAAUAACAUGGAUGUGACCUCUGUCCUUGUAACUCAACCACCGGAGUCCCUGACAAUUGGAGGCUUCCCAGAAGCCAAAUGUAAUGAAGAAACUCCAACGUCGAGUCGACCUAAAACCAUUCUUCCCCCUUGGAUGCCUCUUCCUACAAAUGAAUAGAAAGCCUGUUAACUCUUGUUAAAUACGAAUACCACUUGUACAAAGACUAGCUAUAUACAUCAUCAGGGGCAUUUGAUGGUGACUAUACCACCUGGAUUGUAAUCUCUGUGUGACGUUUCUGACUGCAUUUUAAUGCAGCUGCAAGGUAUAUUAAAUGUACUACAUAUAAAUAUAAAUGAUACUGAUAUAAAAUUGAGUUUGAAUAAGGGUUCAGGUUUUGACUUA